AUUUUUCUAUUGUUUUUUUUUUUUUUUUAAUUCGAAAAAAUUAAUCAAAUUUAUUUAUUUGUAUUUCGAAUGAUUUUCAUAGAAAUUAUUGAGUUAAAAAUUUUUCUAUUAGAAAUUCGAAACAAUUCGAAAUUAAAAAAUUAGAAAUUUUUUUUUUUUUGCAAUGCCAUCUGUUAACCGGUUGUCAAAUAAUUGUUUGUCAAAAAUAAUUAAUUAAUUAGAGCAUUGUUAAUUAAAAUUUUAUAUAUAAAAAAAAAUUAAUAAUAAUUGUAUUUUGUUAUAGUUUUAUUUUAAUAUUUUUGGAAUUUAAAGCUUAUUUUAAUUUUUAGUAAUAGUACAAGUGGCUGCAAGGUUAUGACUGUGCAGUUUAAUUACAAUAGAAAACAAUAGAAAAAGAACACUUGUUUAAAUAUUGUCAAACAUCAAGUAGUAAUAAUGUUGUAACGUGGAUAUAUUUUUUUAUUUCCAAGUAUAAAAACUGAUUGUGACACUUGGCAAUACAAUUAUUUAUAAACGAUUCAACUGGUUUUUUUGAGCAAUAAAUACUGGAGAAUGGAUUGAUUUUAAUCAUUUGUUCUUCAUCAUUUGACGAGGCAGUAUCUCUUCUUGCUGAAGAAAAAAUAUAAUCACUAAAUAAAUAUUUUUAAACAAAUUAUUUCAUCUUAAACUGACAAAUCUUUCAACCAACAUCAAAUUAUUAUCAGACGAUUUUAUACAUCAUAAAUAACAAUGACAAUUAAAAAAAUAUGUUGUAUUGGUGCUGGCUACGUUGGUGGUCCAACAUGCAGUGUGAUUGCUCUUAAAUGUCCAGAAAUUAUUGUUACAGUUGUUGAUAAAUGUAAAGAAAGAAUUGCUCAAUGGAAUUCAGAUCGUUUACCAAUUUAUGAACCAGGUCUAGAUGAUGUUGUUGAAAAAUGUCGUGGUAAAAAUUUAUUUUUUUCAACUGAUAUUGAAAGAGCAAUUGAAGAAGCUGAUUUAAUAUUUAUAUCAGUUAAUACACCAACAAAAACAUUUGGUCAUGGUAAUGGUAAAGCUGCUGAUUUAAAAUAUGUUGAAAGUGCUGCAAGAAUGAUUGCACAAAUAGCAACAUCUAAUAAAAUUGUUGUUGAAAAAAGUACAGUACCAGUUAGAGCUGCUGAAAGUAUCAUGAAUAUAUUAAAUGCUAAUCAUAAACCAGGUGUUGAAUAUCAGAUAUUAUCAAAUCCUGAAUUUUUAGCUGAAGGUACAGCAAUCAAUGAUUUAAUAAAUGCUGAUAGAGUAUUAAUUGGUGGUGCAAAUACACCAGGUGGUCAAUCAGCAAUUGAAGAAUUAUGCCAAGUCUAUGAACAUUGGAUACCACGUAAAAAUAUACUUACAACAAAUACAUGGAGUUCUGAGCUAUCGAAAUUGGCUGCAAAUGCAUUUUUAGCACAAAAAAUAUCAAGUAUAAAUGCAUUGUCAGCAAUUUGUGAAGCAACUGGUGCUGACAUAUCAGAAGUUGCUGUUGCUGUUGGUAUGGACAAAAGAAUUGGCAAAGAAUUUUUGCAAGCAUCUGUUGGUUUUGGUGGUUCAUGUUUUAAAAAAGAUAUAUUAAAUCUUGUUUAUAUAUCUGAGUGUUUAAAUUUACCUGCAGUUGCUGCAUACUGGCAACAAGUUAUUGACAUGAAUGAAUAUCAAAAAACAAGAUUUUCAGCUGGUGUUAUUGAAUCUCUGUUCAAUACUGUAACUGAUAAAAAAAUUACAAUAUUAGGUUUUGCAUUUAAAAAAAAUACUGGUGAUACUAGAGAGUCACCAGCAAUUCAUGUUGCUAAAACACUUCUUGAUGAAGGUGCUAUUUUACACAUAUAUGAUCCAAAGGUUGAAGAAAGCCAGAUCAUUGAAGAUUUGUCAAUGGAUCAUGUGCCAGACUUGAAACAUAAAGUUAAAAUAUAUCCUGAUGCAUAUAGUGCUACAAAAAAUACACAUGCUAUCGUUCUUUGUACUGAAUGGGAUGAGUUCAUGCAACUGGAUUACGAACGUAUUUAUUCAGAAAUGACAAAACCAGCUUACAUAUUUGAUGGAAGAAAAAUAUUGCAACAUGAUCGUUUGCAAAAAAUUGGCUUUAUUGUACAAACAAUUGGAAAAAAAUUAACAAGAUCAGCAAUUUCAAGAUCUUGGGGUAGCCAAUCACAAAUAUAAUUAUUAAUUAAAUAUAAACAAUUCAAUAAAACACAUUCCGAUGAAUAAAAAGAAAAGAAAAAAAUCACAUUAAAAAAGAAAUAUCUCCACUUAAGUAUAUUUUAACAAUAAAAAAUUUAAAUUUACAAAAAUAAAAAUAAAUAAUAUUAAUAAUGCAAUAAUUAAUAAUAAUCAACAAUAAAUUUGCUUACAGUAUUUUUUUAAUAUUUUAAAUAUUAACAAACAAAAUGUAUUUUAGAAUUUUUAAUUAAAAUAAUAAUUUUUUAAAAUUGUAAAUAAAAUAAAAUUGCAAUAAAUAAAUAAAUUUUAAAUUUAUUAUCAAAAUAAAAAAUUUAAAUUAUUA